AGAGAGAGAGAGAGAGAGAGACUCGCGCACGGAGUGCGGCAGAUACACACGCGCUUCUGCUGCAGGUGAGAGGCGCGCGCUGGACAGAGGGACCGUCCUCGCGCUGGAAUUUUAAAACCACAUUCCUAGCAUCUCUGCCAGGAUCAUAACUCCGUUGUUCCACAGUUUUGCAUUUUGCCUUAAGGCUGAACAGUACAGUGACACUGCGGAGAUUUUUUUCUUUCUUUUUUUUUUUUUUUCAUUCACUGGUGCAAGUGAGAUAACUAUUAAGCUGAGUGGACUGGAUAAAUCUGUGCGCGCGGACACGGCACAGGGAGAGGACAGAUCGUUUGUUCCGCAGAACAAGAAGUUCUGAUAUAUCAGUUUCUAAUCCGUAUGGUGGGAUAUCAUCUGGAGCUGAGAACUGGCAUUUGGGGAAGUUGGAUUUAAAACCUCAAGAAUUGAUUGCGCAUUGGAUUGAAUAUCUGGCUUUCGUUGCCUUUAAUGAAGACUCGGCGAUGUCAAGUCAUGGCAAAGACGGAGUAGACUCAGCAAGUAAUUUUUGGCAUGUUUGUUUCAAGCUUAAUAUUGAAUGAAUUUGUGAAUACUUUCUGUCAGUGUUGUGUAUAUUUUUUGAUGGACAAAUCAAUGAAAAAGGAAUAGCGCGAGCCUAGUCUGAGAGUGGAAAAAAAUAACAGCGCGCUAAUCUGCCUGAGUUUGGUAACCAAAGAGAGCUAUCCGGUCGUGAAAACGCAUGCAGUGAGAAACAGGCGUUUUAACACAAGCGAGAAGGAGGAAAAAAACUGUUAAACAAAACUAUAGUUCAGUUUAGUUGGAAAAUCUGCGAGGAACCAUGAGGACUACGAUCAUUGUGGACUAUUUAAGAUACUGCUUUCUUAUUCUGCAGCUGCUGAGUCAGCCCGCAGCCAAGCAAGUGCUCCGGUACCGCUUGGCUGAGGAGGGACCUGCCGAUAUCCGAGUAGGCAAUGUAGCCGCGGACCUCAGCAUCGCGGCUGGCAUGGAUGUGACUUAUACCUUAGAAUCCGGUUCCGAGUACUUCAAAAUUGAUAACAUGACCGGAGAUCUGAGCACGAACGAGCGGCGGAUAGACCGCGAAAAGCUGCCGCAGUGUCAAAUGAUUUUUGAUGAGAACGAAUGUUUUAUAGAUUUCGAAGUCUCCAUGAUAGGACCCGCGCAGAGCUGGGUUGAUCUAUAUGAGGGCAAAGUGAUUAUUUUAGACAUAAACGACAACACGCCGUCUUUCCCCUCACCUGUUCUCACACUCUCCGUUGAGGAGAACAGACCCAUUGGCACACUUUAUCUCCUGCCUACGGCCACCGACAGAGAUUUCGGUCGGAAUGGAAUAGAACGAUACGAGUUAAUUCAGGACAACGGCGAGAGCUCUGUCAGACGGAUCGGGACUUCCGGCUCCGGCAGUGUUGACUCUCACACGGGCAAGCGGAGAUUUGACGAGGGGGCGAGCCGUAGCAGCGUCUUUGAACUUCAAGUUGCUGACACAACAGACGGAGAGAAGCAGCCGCAGCUUAUUAUCAAAGGGGCACUGGACAGAGAACAGCGCGACUCUUAUGAGCUGACUCUGCGCGUUAGAGAUGGGGGCGACCCCCCACGCUCCUCCCAAGCCAUUCUUAGGGUAAUGAUUACAGAUGUGAAUGAUAACAACCCACGCUUUGAGAAGAGUGUUUAUGAGGCAGACCUGCCAGAAAACAGCUCCCCAGGUGCCCCCAUACUCCAGCUAAAAGCGGGCGACACUGAUGUUGGCGUCAAUGGACAGAUCGAGUACGUUUUCGGAGCAGCCACAGAGUCAGUGCGGCGACUGCUGCGGCUAGAUGAGAGCACUGGCUGGCUCAGUGUUUUGCACCGAAUCGACCGAGAAGACGUGAGCCAGCUUCGCUUCACAGUCAUGGCACGUGACCGCGGUCAGCCUCCUAAGACUGACAAGGCGACAGUGGUCAUCAACAUCAAAGACGAAAAUGACAACGUCCCCAAUAUCGACAUCCGAAAAAUAGGACGCAUUUUUCUCAAAGACGGAGUGGCUAAUGUGGCGGAGGACGUGAUUGUCGAUACACCCAUCGCUUUAGUCCAAGUGUCAGACCGAGAUAAAGGACCAAAUGGUAUAGUGACGUGCACCGUAGUGGGCGAUGUUCCAUUUCAGCUUAAACCUGCUAGUGAGGUUGAGGGUGAAAUGAAUAAAAAGAAGUACUUUCUCCAUACGUCAGCACUCCUUGAUUAUGAAGCAGUGCAAGAGUAUAGCGUGGUCAUUGUUGCUGUUGACUCUGGGAGCCCUAGUCUCUCUAGCAACAAUUCAUUAAUAGUGAAAGUGGGGGACAUGAAUGACAAUCCACCAGUUUUCAGCAAAAGCACAAUGGAAGUUUCAUUUCCUGAAAACAAUGCUCCAGGUGAGCGCGUCGUCACUGUAUUGGCUUUAGAUGCAGACAGCGGCAAAAAUGCUGAAAUCUCUUACUCCCUGGACUCCUCUGUGAACGGAAUAUUUUCCAUUGAUGCAGACACCGGUGACAUCCGUGUCAACACCAUACUUGACAGGGAGCAGACUGAACGAUAUGAGUUCAAAGUUAUCGCCAAAGACAAAGGCAUACCUGUUCUGCAGGGUUCAGCCACCGUGGUAGUCCUGGUGGCGGAUAAAAAUGACAACGAGCCAAAGUUCAUGCAGGAUGUGUUUACUUUCUACAUACCGGAAAACCGGCAACCCAACAGCCCCGUUGGCAUGAUAACGGUCAUGGAUGCAGACAAAGGACAAAAUGCAGACAUGAGUCUAUAUAUUGAGGAAGAAGAGGACAUUUUCUCAAUUGACAACAACACAGGGACCAUCUUCUCAAACAUGGCAUUUGACCGUGAGCAAAAAAACACAUAUUCGUUUCGUGUCAAAGCUGUUGAUGGAGGUGAUCCGCCCCGGUCAGCUAUAGCCACGGUGUCUCUCUCUGUGAUGGAUGUAAAUGACAAUCCUCCCACUGUUACUUUUCCAAUGAAUAACUCGUACACACUGCUUCCUCCUUCUAGCAAUAUAAGGACGGUGGUAAGGACUGUCUCAGCUACUGAUUCCGACACAGGUGUUAAUGCUAACCUCAGCUACAGAAUAGUCGGCGGCAAUCCGUUUAAGUUGUUUGAAAUUGACUCUUGGACUGGAGUAAUCUCAUUAGUCGGCAAACUAGAGGAAAAACACUUUGGCCUUCAUCGCCUGGUUGUGCAAGUGAAUGACAGUGGGGUUCCGUCGCAAAGCACCACCACUCUAGUCCACAUCUACGUCAAUGAAACACUCUCUAACGCCACUAUUGUAGAGGCACAAGUUGACAAAAGUCUUGGUACACCACUCAAUGCUGACAUUGCAGGAGACCCCAAUUUUGACUUGGGAAAGCAACGGCUGAGCAUCGCCAUAGGGGUUUUUUCAGGAAUCAUGAUUGUCAUUCUUAUCUUCAUGGUGGUCGUCAUGGCCCGCUACUGCCGCCCCAAGAACAAGAAUGGAUAUGAAGCUGGAAAGAAAGACCAUGAGGAUUUUUUCACACCUCAGCAACAUGAUAAAGGCAAGAAACCUAAGAAAGACAAGAAUAAGAAAAAGUCCAAACAGCCUUUAUACAGCAGCAUUGUCACCGUGGAGGCAUCCAAGCCAAAUGGGCAGCGCUACGACGGCGUCAAUGAGAAACUGUCAGACAGUCCAGGAAUGGGCCGCUAUCGGUCUGUCAACGGUGGCCCCGGAAGCCCAGAUCUUGCCCGCCAUUACAAAUCCAGCUCACCCUUGCCCACUGUUCAGCUGCACCCUCAGUCGCCCACAGCAGGAAAAAAGCACCAGGCUGUUCAGGACCUGCCGCCGGCCAACACAUUUGUCGGCACUGGAGAUAACAUAUCCAUCGGAUCAGACCACUGUUCUGAGUACAGUAGCCAAACCAUCAACAAGUACAACAAACAGCCGUUUCGCCGAGUGACCUUCUCGGUGGUGAGCCAGCCCCAGGACCCGCACCAGGGCUCGCUGCAGAGCUGCUACGACAGUGGCCUGGAGGAGUCGGAGACGCCCAGCAGCAAGAGCUCGUCCGGCCCCAGACUAGGUGCCCUCCCUUACCCGAAGACGCCUAUGAGAGGACUACGCCCGAUGGCAGUGUCGGUGAGGCAGAGCAUAUGGAAAAUGGAGAAAAAGAACAUUAAAAACACUCGGCCCCUGCCUGACGUAGCCAUGACGGGUAAAUGCACGCGGGAGUGUGACGAAUACGGCCACUCGGAUGCCUGCUGGAUGCCUGUGCGCACCUCGCCUGAACGGAGGCCCAAGGCCACCCCUCCCAAACUCUCCACCUUCAUGACCUCCCCCGGGGGCAGCGUUCCCGAACAGCCCGGCAGCCAGGAGGCGCUAGCUGUUGCCAACGGCGACCCCUCGCACCUGCUGGGCGACCGUAACCGCAAUCUCCUUAACAAGAAGAUGGCCUCCUCCUCCUCAUCCUACGACGCGUUUAGCUCAGCUGGAUUUUCCGCCAGCCAGGAAACAUCUCGCCCCAUCGAGGAGAUUCCGCUAGCGCCCACAGGUGAAUACAAGCCGACGCAAUGCGGAACUCUCACCAGGCGGGAAGUUUACCUGUAAACGACACACACACACACACAGCGGCCGCGAAGGGACGAUGACAGUGACUCAGCAUGGUUAGAGAUGCUGUUAGCAAACCAAACCCUAAAACAAAAGCAACGUGGAUUUUCCUCACACCGCUCGCACAUCUAGUGCGGCGCUACUUUUCGAACCUAAAUUGAGUAAAAACCGUGGAAUUACAUGUUGUAAAUGUGCGUGAGGAGGAUGAGAUGGAGGAGGGGGAAGUGGCUGAGGUGGAGAGAGAGGAAUGCCGGUGGAUAAGUGCUACUUUGCUGCUAGCGUAUCGGGCCCCGUAGACUUCCCCAAAGUGCUGCCUGGUUUCUGUAGACUCUUUAUAAUCAUGCAUGCAUCAUCUAACCCCUUAAGAGUGUGUGUCCCUUGAGGCGGACCUGGACUAUACCUUUUUGUCUUUGUUUUUAUAACUGUUGCUAUAGCUAUGGGAACUGAUAAGACUGGUUCUGUCUUAAUCCGUUUUUUUUUUGUUUUUUUUUCGGGGGUGGGCGGUGAGUGUUUUUACGUGGAUGUAUUAUGUCCAUAUGCAAUCAGUCCAUGGACUGAACUGUCCGCUCUGGACGACGACUCACGUUAACAAAGAAGAAGAAAAAAAAAGAAAGGCCAAUGAUAAACGAAAAUCAUCGCACGAUGAUCAGUGAUGGUGUAACCAGACGAUGUCGGAGCUCUUCGUAUGUCGUCAUUGACUUAAGCAUUUUACAAUGGUUUGUAGAUACUCAAAUGGCGCAAGUGAACGGCGUACGCACUGUACAGCGCGAGAAGCAAGUUUACCUGUGUGCCUAUCAAACUCAUGUACACAUGAAGGAACACAAGCAUACACGUUUUUCUUUGUCGUGUGGGUAUUGUAUUGUACACAUUAUAUAUAUAUUUUAUAUAUAUAUAUAUACUGUAAACAUACUCUGGACACACACUUCGAAAUCAUGAGUGACCCAUUCCAUCAUGCUCCUACACACCUUUGGAAGCAGAAGGAGAUGCUUUAAAUCCCAGAUAUUGACAAUGAAUUGCCUGAAUGUCACGAGUUUGUGUAAUUGUGGUCCAUCCCUCUCUUGAUGUGUGAAACUAUGCUGAAUUUACUCUUUUGUGGUCUCAAGAAGGCCUCCCGGCGCGCACACACACACAUUUGCAAACACACACACAAAAGAUCUGCACAUUGUACAUACACAUUAUAAUUAACACAUAAAUUCACAGGAACUCUGUUUGGAUAUGCUGCUGGGGUGAAUUAGUUUAAUAAUAUUGCCCUGCUGAAGAGCUUGGGCUGGCCCUGUGUAACAUUCCUAGUAUAUGAAUGUUAAAUAGAGCAAUAAACUCAUUCAACAGAUUCACUCUCAAUCUCACACACUUCAGAAGUGUAAUCAAGGAUGAGAACUUGUGUCCCUCGUGUAGCGGUCAGAGUGAACCGACUACUUGUACAAUCACAUUCAAAGUUUGGCGACUACAGGCGCGACAGGAGCGAUUGCAAUGCGACGCACGAUGCCGCUGUAUAACCAAAGUAUCGGGAACAACAUGACGUGGUGUCUCAGAGAGCUGGGACAGGAAAGAUCCUUUUUAGGUCACAUGUUGCUUUAAUAACCAUCACACAUGUUUUUUUUGUGCAAUGUGAGGAAACUAUACGUGCACAUUUAUACAUGCAUUAUGGGCCUAUCCCAAACGAUUUUCAAGAGGAGGAGUAUACUUAGGAGGCAUCAUGCUUUUAAAAAUGGAGGUAAAUUAUUCAGAUGCAAAUUGUGUUUUUUUUUUUUUUAUGUUAAUGAUUCCUUGAGUUUGAACGGACUGCCUUUUUCGCAGCUUCCAGAUCUGUAGUCUGUAUGUACUACUCGUGUUUAAAAGAAGUGCUCUGAUGCUUACAAACUGUAUACAUAGAUAUGUACUUUUUAUUGCACGUUUAAAGGGAAUCUACACUUACUAUGAAAAAGAAAAAAAAAAGUGUACAGAUAUCAUACCCUGUGUACAUGAAAGUCCACUGCUUGCGUUUGUUACAAACAGGCACUAGACAUUUUAGUAUGACUAUGUAUAUUGAUUUGACGAGGAGGAAGAAUCAUACACAUUCGUGAUUCACUGAUUUAUUUAGCAUCACAUUAUCCGUUGCUCAUUUAUCUGAUUUAAUCAUAUAUUUUUUAUAAUAACGCAUGUACUUUUAUCCAUUGGUUCUGUAAUAAUUAUAUUCUUUUCACAAACACACACACACACAAAAACAUACCUUUCAUUAUGUAGAAAAUGAGUUGAUUACAAAACAAUUCAAACAACUCACAUUCACUCACAAGUCUCCGUUCUAUUAUUUUUUUUUUUCAAAUAUCUGCUCAUAAUGAUGCCCUCUUCAGAUCUCAUCAGUCAUAUAUCCCCCUUCCUUCCCAGUGCCACUUUGUAUAUGUAGUGCUUCUGUAAAACAAAAAAAGAAAAACAAAAAAACAAUCAAAACAAAACUAUAGAUUGAAUGCAAAAUAUGCAACUGUGCCUUUUUAUACCGUUAUUGGUAUGACUCGUUGGUUUUAACCAGUAUGAAACCAAUUGUACUGAGAUGCUUUCUAAAAGUGGAGAAAGAGUAAUUUAUGCUGAAACUACAGUCCUGGCAAUUUUACUAUGAUAGACUUUCAAAAAACAAAAGCUUUUAUCUUGUGGCUUCUUUAAGUAAGCUCAGUCGAACUUUGUCAAGUAUAUUGAUGAGUACCAACUGUACAUGUCAUAGGUGAUACCCUGGUAUAUUCAUCCAUUUCAAAGUUAGCAUGGUCACGCGUCCAAACUGUGAUUUUUACAGCAAGGAUAUCUUUAGUCAGGAAAGCGACUCUGGAAAGGAUCGGUCAUUACACAAUGCCGCGAUGGCGGCACAGCAAAACAGAGAAAAUGCACAGUAUCCAUUAGGGAUGGGGCAAACGUGCUUUGAGACGUUCUGCACUUUUCAUGAUAUGAGAAGGUAGAAGGAAAACAAAGCUCCAAAGGUUUUUGAAAGGGACACACGCCUCAGAGGACCAUAGAGUAGAUAUAUCAGCUGAUUCCUAUCAAUAGGAGUAUAUGGCAGUCUAAAAAAGAAACCUGAGGAGGGUGACACCUACAGCCUCCACCUUACUUCCAAAAAUACAUAUGACGGUGUUGUUAACGUGAUGAAUUUGCUUUCUUUAAUUGUCGUUUGCACUCUGAGGUGUGUGUUCCUUAAGCUGACAACUUAGAAGAUAUAAGACUUAAGUUGUAGCACUUAGGUCAUAGGACACAUCACAGAUAAUGAACAAAAAAAAAAUGAAUUGUAAUUUUAAUCAUACUCUCUUUGUCCUUUGACUUGGAUGUUGAUGUAGAAUUGAGGAUUGAUUUUAAUCAUUGUUUUAUUAGGAGUCACUAUGCACGCAGCUUAGCUGAACAUGGCAAAUGUACUGAGCGCAAGCCCACCUCUAUUUAUGAUCUAUUUUACAUAUUUUUUGCUUUUGUACAGGUAUUUCUGUAAAUAAAUUGCUUGUCAUUUUUGUCUCUGCAGAAAUUAAAAUAUACCAUGAUACAA